AUGUCUGUAAUGGGCGACCACAGCUCCGAAGAGCUGACAGUGACUGUCCUUGGCUGCGGAACCAUGGGUAUCGCCAUCUUGAACGGCAUCCUCACCUCCCUCGUAGAGAUGCAGGCUCCCAGGCCUCUCCAGAUGCUCCAUACGCCCUCGGCGUCAGGCACCUCGACGCCCCGGCAUGAUGAAGUUCCCGCCCGCCUCCCCUCGCGCUUCAUCGCCUGCGUUCGCCGCUCGGAGAGCGCCAAAAAGGUCAAGAAGGCGCUCUGGGAGCACUCGUCGAUCCUCAAGGUCGUCCAGAACGACAACGUCAACUCGGUCUACCAGUCCGAGGUCGUCAUCCUUGCCUGCAAGCCCUACAUGGUCAAGGAGCUCCUCAGCGAGCCCGGCAUGGCCCGCGCCCUUCACGGCAAGCUGCUCAUCAGCAUCUGUGCCGGCCUCACAGAGACUCACCUGGAAGAGAUCCUCCACGGCGCCGUGCCGACCAAGAACCCCGAGGAGGACGGCCGAUGCCGCGUCAUCCGCGCCCUGCCCAACACCGCCUCGCUCAUUCGCGAGGGCAUGACCGUCAUCGGCGCCCCGACGUACCCGCUGCCCCCCCAGACCGCGAGCCUCGUCACCUGGAUCUUCAGGCGCAUCGGCGACGUCGUCUACCUGCCCGCCAACAACAUGGACGCUAGCACCGCCCUGUGCGGCUCCGGCCCGGCCUUCUUCGCCCUUAUGCUCGAGGCCGCCAUCGACGGCGCCGUGGCCAUGGGCAUCCCCCGUGUCGAGGCCCAGAGGAUGGCUGCCCAGAGCAUGAAGGGCGCCGCGUGCUUGGUCCAGAACGGCGAUCACCCGGCCCUGCUGCGCGACAAGUGCACCACCCCCGGCGGCUGUACGAUCGGGGGCUUGUUGGUGCUCGAGGAGGGUCGCGUGAGGGGCACCAUCGCGCGUGCUGUGCGCGAGUCGACCGUCGUUGCCAGCCAGCUUGGCCAGGGUGUCCAGGGAGUCAACGGCACUCGUUUCACCCCUCAAUCAGGAUACUCCCAGUUCUAG